UCAUCUGGGCCCCAGUCACUGAAGAUCAUGAUGGCAUAUAUGAACCCGGGGCCUCACUAUUCGGUCAAUGCCUUGGCUCUGAGUGGCCCCAGUGUGGACCUGAUGCAUCAGGCUGUCCCAUACUCAAGCGCCCCCAGGAAGCAGCGGCGAGAGCGAACCACGUUCACGAGGAGCCAGCUGGAGGAGCUGGAGGCCCUGUUCUCCAAAACCCAGUACCCGGAUGUGUAUGCACGCGAGGAGGUGGCUCUCAAGAUCAACCUGCCUGAGUCCAGGGUCCAGGUCUGGUUCAAGAACCGCAGAGCGAAAUGCAGACAGCAGCGACAGCAGCAGAAGCAGCAGCAGCAGCAGCCCCCGGGGGGACAGGCCAAGGCUCGUCCUGCUAAGAGGAAGGCGGGUACAUCCCCACGGCCCUCCACAGAUGUUUGUACAGACCCUUUGGGCAUCUCAGAUUCCUACAGCCCUUCUCUGCCUGGCCCCUCAGGCUCACCUACCACGGCAGUGGCCACUGUGUCCAUUUGGAGUCCAGCCUCGGAGUCUCCUCUGCCUGAGGCCCAGCGAGCUGGGCUCGUGGCCUCAGGGCCCUCUCUCACCUCAGCCCCCUAUGCCAUGACCUAUGCUCCUGCUUCGGCUUUCUGUUCUUCCCCCUCGGCUUAUGCAUCUCCAAGUUCCUAUUUCAGUGGGCUGGAUCCCUACCUUUCUCCCAUGGUGCCCCAGCUGGGGGGUCCGGCUCUCAGCCCCCUCUCAGGCCCCUCCGUGGGGCCAUCCCUGGCUCAAUCCCCCACCUCGCUGUCAGGCCAGAGCUACAGCACUUACAGCCCCGUGGACAGCCUGGAAUUCAAAGACCCCACAGGCACCUGGAAAUUCACCUACAACCCCAUGGACCCUCUGGACUACAAAGAUCAGAGUGCCUGGAAGUUUCAGAUCUUGUAG